AUGUCUUCUGAACAGCGAAACCCUAUGGUGCUGGUGCAUUCUCUGGAGCAACAUAUGGGUUCAACUGAUAAUCAGAACGGCCCAAUUGCUUAUCCAUUUUCCAUAAGAUCUGUGAUGAAGAAGCUUUGCAUUUCGGUUUCAGAUGCUUGCGUCGUUCCAUCGAAGACUCUGUCUCCGGCCACCUCUGCUUUUCGAUUUGGUUUUGUGGGUAUUGGACACUAUGCUCUUGUUGCUCGUGAGAAAGAUCUCUUGCUUAGUUGGCCAUUUCCAGAGAGAUACUUCCAUUUCUGUUUAGAGAAUGGUAUCAAAAAUGUGCUUCCGCCAUUUGCACUUUGUGAUUCAGGAACAAAUCUUUUGCAAAGAGAAGAGAGUUCAGAUUGUUGUCAAGAAAAGAGAGAAAACGAUGUUUGCACAGAAAAGAAUGAUAUUGAGAUAGCUGAUGAAGAAUAUAUGAAAGUUGCGCAUGAUUCAAAAUUUAGCGAAGCUAUCUCAAAAUUUUUAACACAGUUCUACAAUUGUUCUUUCUCUAGCGAGAGCCGUAAGCAUCGACAAAACUAUCAUCUUAUGUCUGACACUAUUGUUGACACCCUGGUUGCAAGAAUUCAACUGUCAAGUACCAUCCCAUGUUUGCACCCUCUUGUUGAUCGGAGUACCAAAGUGCUGGCUGCUCCCAAGAGGUUAAGACACAAACGACAGAAACGAAAGGGGAAACCUAAGAAGCGGUAUAUGGCAGAUAUUUUGGCUGUUGCAAAGCAUUGCACCUUGAAGGAAAUGUUCAGGGUUGACAGCUUAAGCAUUGAUUCCAAGUCAACUGCAGAGAAUUUCAAUGAAGGAACUCUAAUGUCUCUCACUGAACAUGACUGUAAAUCUGAGCUUGCAGAGGAAGAGCAAGAAAAACAUCAAAGUAUUGACAAAGAAGCUGUCGAUGGCAAAAUAACCCGUAAGAAAAGGCUUGUAGUGAAGUUUAAGCUGUAUGGAUCCGAUGGGAACUAA